UCUCUCGGGGUGAAGAAAAGACUGAAGAUGAAGCUUGCUGUGUUUGUUUCCCUGCUGGUGGUUGUAACAGCCCAGGCUGUAUCUGCUUCAUGCAUUGGUAAAACCGUGGACGUGUGGGUGGCAAACGGCCAUGGUCUCACAGGGGAUGGACUUCAGGACCCAGAUCCCUAUGUUCUGGUGACAAUCGGCGACGAGACCGAAAAAACCAGAGUCAUUCAUUCAAAUGCCAACCCAGGCUGGUGGCAGAAGUUCCAGUUCUACGGUGUCUCCAGUGACCUGAUGAAAAUCGAUGUUUGGGAGGCUGACUAUGGACUUCGCGGGGAUGACGACCACCUGGGAACUUGCAUGGAGCCACUGAGAUCUGAUGGUCGCAAAUAUCAUGCUGUACAGUGCGUUGUGAAGGACGGUGGCUUUGUCAAAGUCUUUUACAAGUGUCACUAAGUGUAACCUGCUAAUGAGAAUAUAAGAGUAUGAUGUGAAGUGAAGAAAAGACACUUUGUCUUUGAAAUGUUCGGUGGCAGAAACACACAACUUCUCAGGUGCAUAGGAGUGUACAAAACAGCCAAUAUCAUCUGCCGUUGACUUUUUUUGUUGUUAAACAGGUGAAAAAUGAACACACAAAUGUUGGUGAUGGAUUAGUAAGUGAAAAUUGUGCCAUUAUUCUCUGUACUGUUGGCGUUUUACAAACUGCAGCUGUUCAGUAUUUUGUUUCUGAACAAUUAUAUCUUCACUGAAAGAUAAAAUUCCCAUUUAGAUGAGUAAGU